UUCCUUUUGCUUUGAUCUCAACAAUGGCGGGAAACAAAGGGAAGCCAUUGCCAAAGUUUGGGGAAUGGGAUGUGAACAAUCCCGCAUCAGCCGAAGGAUUCACAGUCAUUUUCAGCAAAGCUAGUGAUGAGAAGAAGACCAAGAAAGCAUCCGGCGCUGGCCCUAAUAGUCUGGUUUCACCUCAGAGAAACCAAAACUCCGAUCAAAACAAUCACCAUGAUUCCCAAAACCCAAAAGCUAAGAACAAAUGGUUUUGCUUCCGUUAAUUCCUGCGAUCUUCUGAAGAACCCGAGGGGUAGGGAAGCUGAAGCAGUUUUGCAGAGAGAUCUCAAACAAAGUGAAACAAAAGGGUUAAGGGUUAAACACCCAAUACAUCUCAGCUUUCUUCAUCUCUCUUCUGCUGAUAUUAUACUUGUUCAGUAAACUUUUUGUUCCUUUCUUUUUGUUUGCCAAUGUUUUGCCCACAAUGGAUAUAAAUUGUAUCUUUUGAC